AUGUUGGUAUCUGCUGACUUCAGUUCUCUCAUGGCUUUGAUCAUGGCACUUGGUUUCUCUGUCUUCUUCUUCUUCAAACUCGUCUCUCUCUCCGCUCUAGUCUCUUUCUCUGCUUUCCUCCCAACAACCUUCGCCAAAGGAUUCUCCAUCGAAGAGGCAACUAUUUAUGAUCUCCAACUAGCUUUCCGGAGAAAUCAAUUAACCUCUAGGCAACUGGUGGAUUUCUACCACAAACAAAUACAAAUCCAAAACCCAGUUCUGAGAGGAGUGUUGGAGUUAAACCCAGAUGCACUAGCACAAGCUGACAAAGCUGACCAGGAGAGAAAGGCCAAGGCACCAGGGUCUCUUUCUGCAUUGCAUGGAAUACCCAUUUUGGUUAAGGAUAACAUUGCAACCAAGGAUAAGAUGAACACCACUGCAGGCUCUUUUGCACUUCUGGGCUCUGUGGUGCCCAGAGAUGCAGGCGUAGUAACCAGGUUAAGAAAAGCUGGAGGCAUCAUUUUAGGGAAGGCCACUCUGAGUGAGUGGUCACAUUACAGGUCGGCUGAAGCACCUAGUGGUUGGUGUGCCAGAGGAGGAAAAGGAAAGAAUCCAUACACAAUGGGUGAUCCUUGUGGAUCCAGCAGUGGAUCUGCAAUAUCAGUAGCAGCCAAUUUGGUGGCAGUGUCGCUUGGUACAGAGACAGAUGGGUCUAUUUUAUGCCCUUCAGAUUCUAACUCAGUAGUGGGCAUCAAACCAACAGUUGGACUCACUAGCAGAGCAGGGGUAGUUCCAAUCAGCCCAAGACAAGACACGGUUGGACCAAUUUGCAGGACUGUAUCAGAUGCUGCUCUUGUUCUUGAAACUAUUGUAGGAAUUGACGCCAAUGAUAAAGCAACAAUGAAAGCAUCAAAGUAUAUCCCAAAAGGAGGCUAUGCUCAAUUUCUAAGGAAAGAUGGACUACGAGGAAAGAGACUAGGAGUUCUUAGAGAUUUCUACGGUUUUGGAAAUAAUAGUUUUCUGCAUAAAACUUUUGGGCAACACCUAAAAACAUUAAGGCAGAAAGGAGCAGAUUUGCUUGACAAUUUGGAGAUAGAAAAUAUUAAUGAAGUUUUUAGUGAUCCAAGUGAAGAUAUUGCUUUGUCAUUUGAAUUCAAAUAUUCCUUGAACGCUUACCUCAAAGACUUAGUUACUUCCCCGGUGAGAAGCUUGGCCGAUGUAAUAACCUUCAACAACAAACACCCAAAAUUGGAGAAAGUUGAGGAGUACCGCCAAGAUCUCAUGCUGCAAGCUCAGAAGAGAAAUGGAAUUGGAACACUGAAACAAGCAUUAUCAAACUUGACAAGAUUGUCACAAGAUGGAUUUGAGAAACUAAUGACAGAAAAUAAGCUUGAUGCGGUGGUCGUACCCUUUGCAAAAUUUAGUCCUGUACUUGCUAUCGGAGGUCAUCCUGGAGUAACUGUUCCAGCAGGAUAUGAAAAGGGUGCACCGGUUGGAGUUUGCUUUGGAGGUUUGAGAGGCUCUGAGCCAAAGCUGAUCGAAAUUGCAUAUUCCUUUGAGCAAGCAACUAGGAUCAGGAAGCCUCCUCCACUUCGUCAUCAUUAA